CUGUAUUGAAAUAUGCUACUCGUGAAGGUUCUUGGCCUACUUUUGCUUCAUGUGGCUUUAGUGACCCCGGGGACACAGAUAUGCCAUGACCCCGAUGAGAAUGCCUACUCAAUCAUCACAUGUGGAGCUCCCGGGAAGGCUGGACUGCCGGGCAAAGAUGGGACUGAUGGAAAACCGGGAAGAAACGGAGAACCAGGUAUAAAUUAUCAAGGACCACCAGGAGUUGCUGGACCACCAGGAUCAAAUGGAGAAAGGGGACCACCAGGACCCAAGGGGGACAAAGGAGACAGCAUGGCAGCUGCGCUCGAAGAUCUGAAAAAGCAAAUCUCUACUUUGGAGAGACAAGUGAGGGAUCUACAAUCCGAUGUGGAGAAGCAGAGAAAAGCUUUUGCAUUUUCCAAAGGGGGUGCCAGAAGCGGUGACAAGAUCUAUACAUCAAAUGGGGAUCAAACUACUUAUAAUGAUGCCAGAGCCACAUGCUUUAAUGCUGGAGGUCAGGUGGUUUCACCACGAAAUUCAGCGGAAAACAAAGCCGCGCUUUCCAUCCGGAAUCAAUACGUCAUUAACGCAUUUAUGGGCAUAAAUGACAUACAGACCGAGGGCACCUUCCGAUACCCAGACGGCAACGUUAUCUCCUACUCGCAGUGGUCUCCUGGUGAACCCAACAAUGAGUAUGGAGUGGAAGACUGUGUAGAACUGAGAAAAGACGGAACCUGGAAUGAUAAGAGUUGUGAAGAGAAGUGCCUUGUCAUUUGUGAAUUUUAG